CAUGUUUAUUUCUGCUGUGAAGUUGGACAUUUGGACAUGGGGACUUAUGGAGACUGACUCACUUCUGGAGCCAGCCUCAAGUGGACGACAAGAGGAACUAGAAUAGAAACUUUAUUGAUCCCUCAAUGGGAAGUUCCAUGUGUUUUACCCGGAAUACAACCACACACACACAAAGGACUCAGGGAGAUGCAAAUAUGGAGAGAUGGUGAAGUGAUGAGCAGCCACACCCUGGGAGCAGUUAGGGGUUCUUUCUCAAGGGAAGGCAGUGGCCCGGAGGUGAACAGGCACCUCUCCAGCUGCCAGUCUAUCUUCUAUACUUUGGUCUUUGCCAGACUUGAACCGGCCACCCUCCGAGCCAAAUCCAGACUGAACCACUCCCGCCCCCAACUGCAGUUAUGCAGAUUUUUACUUUGCUAUUUUCUUUUGUUGCUUCAUAUUACAAAAUAAAACCAGACAUUAUUCUAAAUAUUAAUCCGCCUGUGUGAUGUUGAAAGAUUUUUCAUUCGUAUUGUCCUGAAUCACAAACACUGUUUAAAAUUAUUCUUGCAAUUUUGAACAGAUUAAACUGAUGACGUAUAACUUAAUAAUGGAACAAAAACGACUAAAAUAAACUAAACAUGUGACAUUAAUGCAGCUUUAAGAUACAAACAAGCCUGAUAACUGAGCCUGCAGUGUAAAGACAGAGUCAUGAAAAGGGGAGGAGGGUUAAGUGUGUGUUGUUUGGAGGAGGGACUCCAUCAUUUAGAGAAGUUCCUGGUUUACCAGUGAAGAAAGAAGAGGCAGUCUAAAACCACCAGAGGCUCAAACAUGAACGUCCGUCACACUUUGAUCUGCUUCUUCUUCCUCUCUGGAAACACUGGUCUCAUCAACACAGAGAUUAUUACAAUGAAGGAGGGAGAAAACUUCAGACAUGAGUGCAAAUUCUUUUUCUCUGGAAGUUGCCAGGCCUUCGAUAAAGAAGGCAACAACAAAGCUGAGCCUGGCAGAUGCAGCAUUGAAUUUACACCAGAACCCAUUUCUUCAGUUCUGUAUGUGAGCAUCACAAACCUGAUCAAGUCUGACUCAGGGAAGUACAGAUGUGUUUUGAAAAGAGAUUAUUUUCUAGAAUCAACCGAGGAGUUUGAGCUCAGAGUUGAAGAUGCUGAAAACACUGGUCGCAACACCGAGGGGAUCACCAUUAUUACCGGAAAUGAGGGGGGAAACAUCGGACAUGAGUGCACAUUUACUUUCUCUGGAAGUCGGAAGGCCGGUCUCAUUGAAACAGAGGAGGACAAAGCUGAGCGUGGCAGAUACAGCAUUGAACUUUCACCAGAACCCACUUAUCUGUAUGCGAGCAUCACAAACCUGAUGGAGUCUGACUCAGGCUUGUACAAGUGUAUUUUGGACCCUCUUCAUUCAACCGACACGUUUGAGAUCAGAGUUGUCCCAUAUAGAGCUGGAGGUAUUCUGCUGUAUGUGUGUCUGAUCCUGGUCAUCGUGGUCCUCGUAUCAUCGACAGCUGUGCUGAUAUACUGCAGGACGAGGGCUAGCAAAGCAAAAGGACCUCCUGAGGAAACAGAGUAUGCCAGUGUCACAGAGGCCGGCCCAGUGUAUGAGGAGAUCAGAGAGGAGGACGGAUGGAACAGAUCUCCUCCUGUAGAAAUAUCUACAGUUUACACUUACGCCAAAUUUGACAAACCAAAUGCAGCUGAAGGCUCAGAUGACUACAGCUUUGUUACUGCAGCUCAAAAGGAAACCGAAGACAACUCGAGUAAACCCACCUACUCUGUGGUCGAUUCGUCCAACGGUGCCCCUGCCUCGCUCAACAGUGCCCCUCCAGGUGAUGCCGAUGAUGUCGUCACACCUGGGCCUGGGGUUGCAGCGAACUUGGAUGGCCACCACGAUGAACAUCCUUCAACCCCUUUGUAAAAAAAAAAAAAAAAAAUGUAUGAAAACUGUUCAGUGAACUGACUACAUUUUUUUUAAGGGUUAUCUCAAUUUAAAAUUAAACUAUGUCAGUGAUAGCGAACAUUGAAGUCCAUGUACAGUGGUCCCUCGUUUAUCGCGGUGGAUAUGUUCUAAAAAUAACCCGCAAUAGAUGAAAUCCGCAAAGUAAGUUUUACAAUUAUUAUACAUGU